AUGUGGUGGCUCAGUGCUUGGUUGUUUCCCGUCGUCUCGGCGGGCAUGUGGCUCGGUAUGCUGCUGGCCAUGUUCUGCUCCUGGGAAGCCAACGGACAUCCUCACCUCGCGUCAAUGAGUCCAAACCAGCGUAUCGCCUAUAUAUCCGACAUUGGAGCUUUUGGCUUGAAACCGCUCUUCAUCACUGGUGCCGUCAUCACCACUGUGUUCCUCGACUUGGGCUUCAUGUCAGAGCGAUGGCUUCGACACUAUGGUCGACUGGCACCCAACACCUCUCGCAUUCAAUCGGCGCUCUCGAGUUGUUCCAUCUUCUUCGCCAUCGCAGGCACAUGCGGCCUGAUCUUCCUGUCCAUCUUCGACACCUACCACCAUCACAAGGUCCAUGACGGGUGUUUGCUCCUCUUCAUCGGCGGAUACAUCAUCUCGGCCAUCUUCCUGUGCGCCGAAUAUCAACGCCUCGGUGUCCACUACCGUCAGCACCGCGUCUUACGCAUGUCGUUCUGGGUCAAGCUCGCCUUUAUCAUUCUCGAGAUCAUUCUCGCCAUCGUCUUUGCCUCUACCUCGUGGAACAACCAUGAGAAUGUGGCCGCUGUGUUUGAAUGGAUCGUCGCCCUCAUAUUCACCUUUUACAUCCUCUCGUUCUUGCUCGACCUUUGGCCUUCGGUGCGGUCCAAGAACCAUGUUCCUCAGGGAUGGAGAGAAAGGGAAGCAGAAAUCGAAAAGGCAGCCGGACAGAACGGAGGCGUGCCCCCUCUCGACCAAGGCCCGGCGCCGAUCACCUCAGAUCACAAUGCAACCACAUAUCAAAACGAUGAUGCUUAUUACAAUCCUGACACCCAAAGCUAUCGUGGGACCAACAUGACCGGUGGUCAGGGCUCCCACAUCCAGUCCGCUCUUGGGAAAUACCCCGUGGAACACAAUGAUCUCGGUCGGCAGAAAAGAUGGGGUAUUGGGCGGUUCCGGUUUUGA